ACCGCUGCAGAGUUUCAAGGGCCAUGGAGGUGACAGAGCAGUCCACAGAGGGGCCUCAUUUUGUUGGGAAGAAGGAUGAGCUGAUUGCAGCAAAGCGCUCCUGCAGAACAGUAGCUGGUCGGGAUGUGUUGAUCAUCCACCACCAAAAUGUCUUCUAUGCUAUGGACUCGUACUGCUAUCAUGCUGGGGGAGAACUGCAGAAUGGAGACAUUGAGGAAAUCGCCGGCAAGCUGUGCAUAAUUUGUCCAAAACACAAGUACAAGAUCUCUCUCGCCGAAGGAGAGGGCUUAUACAAGGGCACUGACCCCAGGGGAGAGCCGCCUGUGCCCAGAUGGUACUCCAAGGGUGUGAAGCAGCGGACUCACACAGUCACUGAAACCAAUGGGGAUGUUUAUGUCAAGCUCUCUGAGGACACGUGCUGGAGAGAUUCAGACUUUUACCAGGGAGAGAAGGGCAAGUUGGAAAGGGAAAGAGCUGCAGAAGCUGACAAGAAAAAAUAGUAGUUUGAUAGAUAGAUGAGGAUGGCAUCUCUUUAGUCUCCUCUCCCCUAAAAUAUUGCAUGAUGACUUUAUAAAGACGAUGUCAGAUAUUUAAAGCUGGAGUAGGCAGAAAUAUGGAAAAGGCUUAAAAAAGGCAGAAUUCAUUUCCCCCUUUCUGGGGGGAAAUGAACACAUCAUGGGCAAAUGCGCAUGCUUCAUACAGUAAACCAGUGUUUCCCAUACAUUAAUUUGUUUGAUUUUACAUUAUUGUAGAGUUGCACACAUUUUCUCUACCCUUCCUUGCACCACUCUCUCUUGUUUUGUUUAUCAAACCACCAAUGAGACAAGAACUUGUUAGCUAGCCACCACACUGUCCCUCUCUUUACUCCCCACUGCUGUGGACUGCUUCUCCGGGAGUGGAGCGGACACAAGCUCUGGAGACCAACUUUCUGAUUGCGGAUAUAAAUCCUCUCAGUGCCAGGUGUCACAGUAGACUGGUGGCCAGCAGCAAUGCCAGGUCUCACCUGUAUAAUGGCAGCAAGUGAAAGUUAGCUGAUUAGCCAGCAUGUUCUCAUCCCAACUCGUCAUAUGUUGCCACUUUGUCAGUUGACUUCUGCGUCUACCUAUCACGAGUUAGGUAUCCUUCUGUGUCUAUUUACAUUCCAGGAUGCUGCUACCAUGAUUUCAACAAAUGCACAUGGUGGGAUGAUGCUGCACGUGGUUAUUUAGGAAGCAACCGCACAUGGCAACUCACGCUGGAAUGUCAACAAGCACACAUGCGUGCAUUUGCAUUUAUUGUCAGAUUUUUGCUCAGAAUAAAACUGCCUACCCCAGCUUCAA